AUGACCAUUUCAAGAGGAACCAUAGACAACUCCUUCUUUGUGUCCAAAUUUGAACCAAAAAUUGUGAAGGAAGCUCUGACAGAUGAAUUUUGGAUCAAUGCCAUGCAAGAUGAACUUGCACAGUUCAAAAGAAAUGAAGUAUGGGAGCUGGUACCUAGACCAGAAGGAACGAAUAUUAUUGGUACCAAAUGGAUAUACAAGAAUAAGUCUGAUGAACAAGGAGUCAUUACCAGAAACAAAGCCAGACUUGUAGCACAAGCUCGUCAACAAAACAACAACAAUCAGUUUCAAAGAUUUCCAAACUUUGAUCUUGUACUGAUGCCUUACACAGAGUUGUUUUCUGCCCUACUGUCAAAGGGGAACAUUCAUACAAGGUCUCCACCUGUUAUUCCGAAGGAUCUUCCUUAUUGGUUUAAAGUUGAUCAGUUAUGCCCCUAUCAUCAGGGAGCGCCAGGACAUAACAUAGAAAACAGCUACGGUUUUAAGGCAGACAUCCAUAGGUUAGUAAGAAGUGGAAUGUUAUCUUUCAAAGAUACAAAUCCCAAUGUUCAAACAAAUCUAUUACCGCAACAUGGAAAUGUUUCCGUCAACAUGGUAUAUGGAUGUCCAGGAGAAUAUCGUAUCAACAACGUGCUUCACAUGAGAGGUGACUUAGUGUGA